AUGUUACCCACUUCUUCACAAGACGAUUCGGCUAAUACCAACGGUUCUGCUACUGCAGGCGGUGGUCCAACACCCUCAGCAGCUAUGGUUAGCAAUGGUGCGUCUAGUUUAAAAGAUUCUACUUCUGAUAUUAAUGUUAAGGAGGAGGAAAUUGGCCUUGUUGACAUGCAGGACGACAAAGAAAAUAUCCUUAAUUCCAGUGGCUUGAAUGGUGAAAACAUGGGCCAGGUCUUGCCAGAGCAGCCUGAUCUAAAGAUUAUUCAUCGUAAGAUUUCAGGCUACGUUGGGUUUGCCAAUCUUCCAAAACAAUGGCAUAGGAAGUCCAUUCGCCGCGGGUUCAAUUUAAAUUUGCUAUGUGUAGGUGCAAAAGGUUUGGGUAAGUCCACGUUAAUUAACACGUUAUUUAACAAGGAAUUGUAUGCAACGAGGCAAGAUUAUGAUGCCGGGAGUACUACAGCUGCUAGCGAGCAACUGAAUGGUUUGAAACUGGAAGACGGUGAUGAUCGUGAAGAUUCAAGGAAUAAGGAAUCUUUGGAACCAAAGGUUAAAAUUGAGACUGUUACUACCGAAAUUGAAGAAAACGGUGUGGUAUUGAAACUAACAGUGGUAGAUACACCCGGAUUUGCGGACGCCAUAGAUAACAACGAAUCUUGGAAGCCAAUUGUAGAAGAGAUGAACUCUAGGUUUGAUCAGUAUUUGGACGCCGAGAAUAAGAUCAAUAGAACCACCAUCGAAGACAACCGUAUCCACGCUUGUUUAUACUUCGUUGAACCUACUGGUCAUUGUUUGAAGCCUCUAGACUUGGAAUUCUGCAGACAGGUACAUGACAAGUGCAACUUGAUUCCCAUCAUCGCAAAAUCUGAUAUUUUGACCGAUGAGGAAAUCGAGCAUUUCAAGUGGACUAUUAAGAGGCAAUUGGAUGAGGCCAAGGUGCAUCUCUUCCAACCUCCGCAAUAUUUGCUUGACGAUGAAGAAACCCAAAAGGCUACUAAACAGUUAUUUUCCAAGGUGCCCUUCGCUGUUGUUGGUUCUACUCAAGAGGUUAAUACUGCAGACGGGCGGACUGUUAGAGGUCGUUCGUACCCUUGGGGUAUUAUUGAAGUCGACAAUGAAAAACAUUCCGAUUUCAGUUACUUACGUGAUCUCUUAAUUAGGCAGUAUUUGGAAGAGCUUCGUGAAAGAACGAAUAAUGAGUUAUAUGAAAACUAUAGAUCCGAAAAACUAACUAAGAUGGGUAUCAAGCAAGAUAAUAGCGUCUUCAAGGAAUUUGACCCAGAAUUGAGGCAACAAGAGGAAAAGCACCUCCAUGAAGCUAAGCUAGCUAAAUUGGAAGCCGAGAUGAAGGCUGUUUUCCAGCAAAAAGUCUCCGAAAAGGAGAAGAAGUUACAAAAAUCAGAAGCAGAAUUAUUCGCAAGACAUAAAGAAAUGAAGGAAAAGCUAAUGAAACAGUUAAAGGCAUUGGAAGAGAAGAAGCAUCAAUUAGAGAUGUCCUUAGCAAACCAAAGCUCACAAUCACCAGCUCAACCAAAGAAGAAGGGCUUCUUACGUUAA